AUGAACGGCACUAUACACGCGGAGGAACCAUCUUACGCGACCGACGGCAACGGAAACAACAAAGGAGGUGUUGCCUACGACGUCGGAUUUUCCUUUGUUGUCAUCCUUUUCAUAACCAUCCUCAUUUACGCUUCUUAUAUGUGCAAACAACGAAGCAGCAACUCAUCGCGAUCAGCACCACAUCAACUGCACACUAGUACCAACUACGACGACUCAGAUGAUUCCCAGUGUAUGAGAUGUUCCAGUGGUCUUGACGACGAGGUUUUAUCAACUUUCCCUACGUUUCUUUAUUCCGAGACCAAGAAGAAGAAGCCUGAUGAUCAUCAUAAUAUAGUUGACGACGACAUCAAUGAAACAUCCAAGAGUACUACUACUAGUAUAGCCAUUGAUUAUGGUUCGGGUUGUUCUAUCUGUUUGGCGGAUUAUAAACCAAUGGAGGUCCUCAAGUUGUUGCCCGAAUGCGGGCACUUGUUUCAUGUGAAAUGUAUAGAUACAUGGUUAAAGGUUCAAUCUACUUGCCCCGUGUGUCGGAACUCCCCAUUGUCGACUUCAACCGACUUGACUUUAACUCAACAUCAUGAUGAGUGA